AUGUCGGGUAAGGUGUACGCGUACAUCGCCUUUUCGUGUCUUAAUGCACUGACUGCAUUUUUUGUGUCGUGGUUGAUGCACAUCCGCAUCAAAUCCUUUGCUAUCGUGGCCGUAAUUAACGAGUGGGACUUGGACGAGAAGGCAAGGGCGUGCCGUAAUGCGGGGUUGAUGUAUCUCGGGCUGGCCGUGGGUCUGUUUCUUCGCUUUGCUUACAAGCAGCGUCGCAACCGCGCGGUGGAACUAGCGGGAUACGAGGCGGAGGCGGUGAACAUGCAGGAGAGAGUGCCGUUGUUGUACUCGACAGCGCUUGAAUUAAACAAGUCGACUCCGCAAGGCGGAGUUGUGCGUUUUACUAGCGGCUACGGCUCUGGCAUCAGCGUCAGCCAGUAUGAGGGAGGGUGUGAAGGAAGCAGGGAAAGUCCCAGUGAAGAAGAAGGAAAAACGAUAACAUCAGCACAUUUGGAGCUUUAG